UUUUCAGUCACCGGUCGACGCUGCGCCGGGCACCGUCGUCGUCGUGAACACGGCCGCGAUCGCGCGGCGUUCAGCUGCUGGCUACCACCACCGCACAUCGUACGUCCGCGAAUCCCCUCGACGCUCGUCUCGCGAACAACAGCCCGCGCUAGUGCCCUCGUGUCCGCGCGACCGACGUAACGGUCGAUAGGCACCUAACGCGAGAGAGGAUACAGCCAGGUGAAGGACACCCGGAAGAAGACGAGGAGGAAAAGGAAGAGGUGGUGGUGGUGGUGCAGUGAAUCAGUUCUCGGCCACACGCGCUUCACGUGCUCCUUUCCCGAGACUCGAGGUCACUUCGUCGAGGGGGAUCACUUCACUCUUUCUCGAGGAGGAUCUCGCGGAUACUUCUCGUGUCGAGUGAUCUCGUGGAUCGAGGAUCCGCGACGCGAUCACAUCCUCCGGGAACGUCGCGAUACCGGGACAAGGUUACUGCGCGCUCGCCACGUCCCCAGGUGAGAAGCGCAGGUGAGAGGAAUCACCGGGCAGGCGCGUCGCAAGAGGUGCAACUCCGCACCUGGAUUCGCUAUCUCCCCGGCUCCGACGUAAGAUGCGAUCGGCUGGUAUUCGCUCGCUACGUCGAUCGCGACAGUGCGAAGCAGCCCAGGUUGAGCGUUGGAAUUAAGACGUCGAGUUUAAGACCGGAGAAGGAGGAGAGACUCCUCGUCGUCGUCGUAUUCGCGACGGAAAGAUUGGCGCAACGAAUCGAAAGCACGGAGCAUCCUCGAUGACACCGCUGAGAACGGCCGAUUGUUCACGCGAUUAGUCGAGAGCAACGAGUAGUCGCGAAAAGGAAGAUCAGACCGUGCAGCAAGAUCGGGCGAUGAGAAUCUCUCUCCGAACGGCCAAGGAGUCCCGGAACCGUCGCCUCACGCAGCCCCGGGCGCCGAGGAGGCCGCGACGUCGUUGAAAGCCUCCCAAGUCGCUGGAGAAACGCCGCGUUCGCGCGCGCAAGAGAGAGAGAGAGAGAGAGAGAGAGAGAGAGAGGCUACUCGAGGUACUCGAGAAUGUCGCUGCACUAUCCUCACGGAUACCGAUACCGAUCCGCGUCGAGGGCGAUUAGCGGGAGCGGGGUCGGCGAGCAAGGCUCCGACAGCGACGUGGCGGAGCUCAGCGACCUCGAGGACGACGAGGAUGAGGACGGGGCUCGCGUGUCCCCCAACAGACGAACGGUCGAAGAGGAGGACGAAAACGAGGACGAUGAGGAUGAGAACGACGUGGACGACGGGGACGACGACGAUGACGACGACGACGAUGAGGAUGACGACGAUGAGGACGAGGAGGAGGAGGGCGAGGGUCUACCCUAUCCAGGCUUCAUUCCAAUCGCUCUCAGAUAUCUCGACCAGACCACACGACCGCGCAACUGGUGUCUCGCGCUGAUUACUAAUCCGUGGUUCGAAAGGGUGAGCAUGAUGGUGAUCCUUCUGAACUGCAUCACGCUCGGGAUGUACCAGCCGUGCGUGGACGAUCAGUGCGUAACGAAUCGAUGUAAAAUACUGCAGAUGUUCGAUGAUAUCAUUUUUGCCUUCUUCUCCCUGGAGAUGACCAUAAAGAUGGUGGCGAUGGGAAUUUCCGGUAAAGGAACUUAUCUCGCGGAUUCCUGGAAUAGGUUAGAUUUCUUUAUAGUGCUGGCUGGCGCUUUGGAAUACUGCCUAAACGUGGAAAAUAUGAAUCUGUCAGCCAUCCGAACGAUAAGAGUAUUAAGGCCAUUACGGGCGAUCAAUCGAAUACCAAGUAUGCGGAUACUGGUGAUGCUGCUACUCGACACUCUUCCCAUGCUGGGCAACGUCUUGUUAUUGUGCUUCUUCGUCUUCUUCAUAUUCGGUAUCGUCGGCGUGCAGCUGUGGGAAGGCAUACUGCGCCAACGCUGCUUCCUCAAGGCUCUGCCCAACAUCAAGUAUCCCGACGAUCUGGAGAAGUUUUUCGAGUAUCAGGGUCAGGAUUACAUUUGUUCGCGUCCCGAUGACAGCGGGAUGCACUCCUGCAGUAAUCUGCCGCCUCUCAAAAUAGGAAACUUGGUGUGCAACAGUACCGCCGUGCCAAACAGUAACGUCACGUACAUCAACAAUGAUACCUGCGUUAAUUGGAACUACUACUACACCGAGUGCAAGGGCCAGGGCAACAAUCCAUUCCAAGGAACAAUUUCGUUCGAUAACAUCGGUCUCGCCUGGGUUGCCAUAUUUCUUGUAAUUAGUCUGGAAGGAUGGACGGACAUAAUGUAUUACGUGCAAGACGCCCACUCCUUCUGGGACUGGAUAUACUUCGUUCUCUUGAUAGUCAUCGGCUCGUUCUUCAUGAUCAACCUCUGCCUGGUCGUAAUCGCGACUCAAUUCUCGGAAACGAAAAAGCGGGAAAUGGAGAGAAUGCGGCUGGAGCGCGCGCGUUACCAUUCGACCUCGACGCUCGCCUCGUCCACGAAUACCUCGGAGCCUACAACUUGUUACGCCGAAAUCGUCAAAUACAUUGCCCAUCUCUGGCGACGGGGUAAACGAAGACUGAUGAAGAGAUAUCGUCUGUGGCUGUACAGGAGACAGCAGAAGCGGGAGCAGAAUCUACUCAAGGAACAGCAGACUCAAGUGUCUCGUUCGAACGUCGCUGCUGGACCGAAUCGCGUACCGGGCGAUAGAAGACUGCAUCACGGAAGGUGUCCGCGGCUUCUCGCCGCGCUAGAAUAUGCGGAGCAACAGCAACAGCAACAGGCUGCCAGUGCUAACGGCGGAUCUGUCGCAGAUUUCGCCGCGAUCACGUCCCCGACGCAAUCAGCGAUGGCAAUCGCCGCCACCACGACUGUCGGCAAUAGUGUCGGUGGUAGUGGAAACCUGGGCACUGCGCCUCGAGCCAGCCCCGAGCUUUCCGAGGCGGAAGCUUCCUCGAACAUGGGCUACAGAUUGAGCGUUCACCGCACUUCCUCCGUGUCCUGUAACGGAAGUGACAACGCUGUCGUGGGAAACGCGACCGAGACGAACAGCACGUUGUUGAGUCCACCAUGUACGCAUUAUCGGAGAAGAAGCAGCGUAAUGUUUAGCGACGUGGUACUGCUCCAUGGCAGCAAUAAUGUCGGGAAUGCGUUGCAGCCGGGGUUGACGGUGACACCGGGCGAACGUAACGUCUGCUCGAGCGAGAAGAUGACACAGACGGGCGAUGGUAACGUUUGGUCCAGUCCGCUGCCGGACCACGCACAGAUGCAAGCCGAGCUGGGUGGCAACGAGGCUAUGACGUGUCAGGAAUUGUUGGCUCUCAGCGGUGCACUCAGCGCUGCUCUGCCCACGGGUCAGCUAGCGCUCGAUUCGUUCCUAAAUUCCCUCACGAAAGGUAUAACAGAUCGCCACAUCACAUUGGAAGAUCGCACGCAGUGGCUGACGUCCGACGUUGACAAUUGUUCCUGUUGCUGCGAGCUGCAGGGAGGUGAUCAAUGGCCGGACGACGGUGAGAAGUGGCAAAAGUCCUCGCGGCCUAAACAAUUUCUGAGACGCGCCGGCAGCUGCUGUAUCUGCACGUUACGUUGCAUAAGACGAUGGAUCAAGAAACUUGUUGAGCACAAAUACUUCCAGCAGGGUAUUCUACUGGCAAUCCUCAUCAACACCUUGAGCAUGGGAAUCGAGUAUCAUAAUCAGCCGGAACAAUUAACGGUAGCUGUUGAGAUAAGCAACAUCGUAUUCUCGGCAAUCUUCGCAGUGGAAAUGAUGCUUAAGGUAAUAGCAGAAGGUCCGUUUGGUUAUAUCAGUAACGGCUUCAACGUUUUCGAUGGCAUCGUCGUCAUUUUGAGCGUCGUCGAGCUCUGCCAGUCAUUCAUGGAGGAACGCAGUGGCAGUUCCGGUCUGAGUGUUUUGCGUACCUUCCGCCUCCUCAGGAUCCUGAAGCUGGUGCGAUUCCUGCCCAAUCUGCGACGCCAGCUCUUCGUGAUGCUGCGCACCAUGGAUAACGUUGCCGUAUUCUUUUCUCUUUUAGUACUUUUCAUCUUUAUAUUCAGUAUUCUCGGGAUGAACCUGUUUGGUUGCAAAUUCUGUGAAACGAUGAAAGGCAGCUCUGACGUCGAGUGUGAUAGGAAAAACUUUGACUCGUUACUCUGGGCUAUUGUGACGGUGUUUCAGAUCCUCACGCAAGAAGAUUGGAACGUCGUCCUCUUCAACGGCAUGCAGAAAACAUCUCAUUGGGCCGCGCUUUAUUUCGUAGCGUUGAUGACUUUCGGCAACUAUGUCCUCUUUAAUCUUCUGGUCGCCAUUCUCGUUGAAGGUUUCUCGUCGGAGAGAAAUGAGAGGAGAGAACGAGAGCAGAGAGAAUUGGCGAAAAGACUCGCUGCAAAAGAGGCUGGAAUGGGCAGCGAAGAUGGAUCUUCAAGAGUAUCGGGAUCACAUUCGAUCUCUGACAGCGAUACGUAUACCCAGGAUCAAAAGAACUCGUGGCAGAGUGCAGAAGAGCUUAGGAAGUAUAAGGACAACAGGGAAAAACAGAACAGCGUAUGGAAGCAGCGGAUCGAUGAACCUAAGUGUAACAUCCAGAAAGAGAGCAAGAUGAUGGGUGUGGCGGGUCAGCCGCCGAUAAUCACUCAUACGGCAGCCACUCCUCAAGACUCCCCGAACACCACGUUGGACGUCGGCUACAGAGACCUCAAUUGCCGAGCAGUUUAUCCGGCUGCUGCCCUUUCAAUCGAGUCCAUCGAUCGAUCUGGUAGUCAGUGCAGCAUACCCUCGGGAUUGCUAAAGCUGCCCGAUGUAUCCAACAAAAUACCGACGAAUAACUUAAUAGCUGGUCAAUUCCCGAGACGUAUAAGCCUCGUUACGGCUGUUGUUAAUCCCUCGACGAGGGACUCGAGUUCUAGUCCACCGAGGGUACAAAGAGGAUACUCGUGGCGCUUGUCACGGCCAUCUUUGCGGAGGAAACGAUGGUCGCAAAGUGAUGACGAACACACCGGUCACACUACUGUACUCAAUAACGGGCGCAGUACUCUUGUUGGAUCCAAUCUAACAUUUAAUGGUGGUUACUUACAUGGUUCGAUAAGAAACGAUACACAACGCGACGCGCCCAAUAACCGAACUACCGUCCUGACAAGCAAUAAUCGUAGUUUGAGUCCUAAUAAUUCGCUCGAAAGCCAUGGCCCAUGGGCAAUUCGUCGUUAUACAGUUACGCCUAAUCAGAUGCGAUGGAUCGGCGAGCUUUCGCGAAGAAAUUCAUUGCGCGGAUACGAGAAUGUCCAGACGUCCACGAGGAAGACAAUGCCGUUGGACGAGAUGCUCGCGCCGUCCUCGACCCCACGUACGAUCAACAAUCUCUCGAUGGAGACCGGUCCACUGCCGAGAAUCAAGCGACUCCAUGAACAAGAAGAGGAACACUCGAGAACGAGGAGAACGGGUGGCGAGCAGACACCGCCGUCGAACGGCCAUGGUAGCUCGAGCAGUAUCGAGAAAAUCAAAAAGAUAUUCAUGUUCUUCGAACCUAAAGGCUGCCUGCAGGAGCGCGACAAUUAUUCUCUGUAUUUAUUCCCGCCAAAUAACAGAUUUCGUAUUUUGUGUCAACAGCUCGUUAAUAAAAAAUGGUUUGAUAAUGUGGUGUUGCUAUUUAUCGGAUUAAAUUGCAUUACUCUUGCAAUGGAACGACCGAAUAUACCGCCGGACAGUCGCGAGAGGCUUUUUCUGGCCACUGCAAAUUACAUUUUUACUGCAGUUUUCGCUCUCGAGAUGUUUGUUAAGGUCGUUUCAACGAGUAUGUUGUAUGGUGCAGAUGCUUAUUUCACAUCAGGCUGGAAUAUUAUGGAUGGAUCUCUUGUUAUCAUUUCUAUAAUUGAUUUAUUGAUGUCAUUGCUCUCGUCUAGUAGCCCCCGAAUAUUUGGCAUAUUAAGGGUAUUUAGACUACUGAGAUCAUUGAGACCUCUGCGAGUCAUCAAUCGUGCACCUGGCUUAAAGCUGGUCGUUCAAACGUUACUGUCUUCAUUACGACCUAUCGGCAACAUCGUUCUCAUCUGCUGCACGUUUUUCGUGAUCUUUGGUAUUCUCGGGGUACAACUGUUCAAGGGUGCGUUCUAUUAUUGCGAAGGUCCUGAAAUCAAGAACGUACGUAAUAAAACAGACUGCCUGGCCGACAAGCGAAAUAUGUGGCUAAACAGGAAGUACAACUUCGACGAUCUUGGCAAAGCCCUUAUGUCGUUAUUCGUCUUAUCAUCGCGAGACGGAUGGGUAAACAUCAUGUACACUGGUCUAGACGCCGUCGGAGUGGAUCAGCAGCCUAUCGAAAAUUACUCUGAGUGGCGAUUAUUGUAUUUCAUCGCGUUCAUAUUGCUGGUGGGUUUCUUCGUGCUGAAUAUGUUCGUCGGCGUGGUGGUCGAGAAUUUUCAUAGGUGCCGUGAAGAACAGGAGAAAGAAGAGCGCGUGCGAAGGGCGGCUAAGCGCGCGUUGCAGAUGGAGAAAAAGAGACGAAAAAUGCACGAACCGCCAUACUACACCAGUUACUCUAAAGCGCGGCUGUUCGUUCACAACGUUGUGACGUCCAAGUACUUCGACCUGGCGAUUGCCGCCGUUAUCGGUCUCAACGUUGUUACGAUGGCGAUGGAGUUUUACAUGAUGCCGAAAGCGCUCACCUAUGCAUUGAAGAUCUUUAAUUAUUUUUUCACCGCCGUAUUUAUUCUUGAAUCUAUAAUGAAACUCGUCGCCCUCGGCGUACAACUUUACAUGAAGGAUAAAUGGAAUCAAUUGGACGUGGGAAUAGUGAUACUAUCAGUAGUCGGUAUCGUGCUAGAAGAGGUCGAAUCUAAAAUUAUCCCCAUUAAUCCCACGAUAAUUCGUGUAAUGCGAGUGUUACGAAUAGCCCGAGUGUUGAAGCUCUUGAAAAUGGCGAAGGGCAUACGUGCCCUCUUAGACACGGUGAUGCAGGCGUUACCGCAAGUCGGAAAUCUCGGACUGUUAUUUUUUUUACUUUUCUUCAUAUUUGCCGCGCUAGGGGUGGAACUGUUUGGUCGACUAGAAUGCAAUGAUGACAUGCCUUGCCAAGGUCUUGGUGAACACGCGCAUUUUAGUAACUUUGGUAUGGCCUUUCUAACGCUUUUCCGGGUCGCCACUGGUGAUAACUGGAAUGGAAUCAUGAAAGACACGCUGAGGGACGAUUGCGACGAUGCGGCGGACUGUGUUAAAAAUUGUUGCGUGAGCAGUAUUAUCGCGCCCAUAUUUUUCGUGAUCUUCGUUCUGAUGGCGCAAUUUGUAUUAGUGAACGUCGUCGUUGCUGUGCUGAUGAAGCAUCUGGAGGAAAGUCACAAACAGAUGGAAGAUGAGCUCGACAUGGAGUCGCAAUUGGAGAGAGAAUUAGCGGCGGAGCAAGAAGAACUUCUUGAGGAGGAAGAUGAAGACGAUAUAGCGAUGAACGGUAGAAUAGACGGCGACGAAGAUGACGACGAUGAUGAUAAAGAACGCGAUUCAAUGGUGAUAAACGACAAAAUGCACAUCGUAAGACGACGACCAGGAUUGGCCAAAGUUCGGUCUUUACCUGCAAAUUUUAUUUACAAUCCACCGAGGGAGAGAAACAUCGAUGAUGCCUCGAUUUCCGUGUCUUUGGACGAGAAACGUCGCAGUUCGAGUUCAAGACCGUCCAAAUUUAAGUCGAAACGCCGGCAAACCUUCCACUCGGGCCAUCACCAUCAACGAAGGUCACUGCUGCCGAUGCAUUUUGAGGUCGCCGAAGUUUUUGAGAAGCCUGUGAGCAAUCUGAGCGUGCCUCGAAUUAUUCCACAUCGCAGCUAUGCCACAACUAGUCAAGACGUCAGUCGCGUACAACGUCCGAAGUUGCCGGCGAUUACCAGUGAAACGCGUGAAAACAAGUCUCUGUUAACCGUGAGUAGGCCGCCGACUAGUCCCUCGCUGAGCCCCACUUCUCCUGGCUCGAGCAGCACUCUGAGCGUCCCGCCGAGAUUGACCAGCGAUCGUUACCUCAUGCCAACCGCCGAGAUCUACCCGUCCAAGGCGACGAUGAGCCAUCGGACAUCAAGCGAUACACAAUCACCAUCGCAAUCGGAUACGAGCGCGAGUGCGAGCGUAGGCGCUGGUAGCAGCAGCACGCGACCGCCUAGUAUGGCGAAUGGCUACGCCGGCGGUAAAGCCCGAUUGGAGGCACCGAAUACAAAAACAGAGGAGAGAAGACGUCCGAUGGCGACAACAGCGCCGACGGCACCUCAAGAAGACCUCGAUGUGCUCGAUGUGCAGUCCAUUAUCAACGAGAGGAGGCCGUCCAAGCUGAAGACGCAAGACGCCGCUGGCGCGUCUACCACCACCACCAGCAACGCCAGCGAUCAAUAUAGCGCGAUAAUCCGCGGCGAGGGUUACAGCCACAUCUAUGUUACCACUGAGGACAGAUCCGAUGAGGUCCCGUCACCGUGUGGCAACGCCAGCGAGAGCACCGGUACCGGCAGCUUGAGUGUCGCCGGUAGUCUCAGCGCCGUUGCCAGCCUCAGUGUUGCCGUUACCGGUAGCGCAGCCGGCAGCCUCAGCAAUGGUAGUGGCAAUGGUAGCGGUAGCCGAAGCGGCAACGGCAGCGGCAACGGCGGCGGCGGGGUGCACAUCGGUGAGGAUGGCGCCAUCGGAUCCGACGUGAGGAUAUACGUGGAUGACACAGACUCGGCGAGUAGCAGCAACGGACAACGACGCGGCGGCAGAUUACGCGACGACGAAAUACAGGACGCCUCGAUCUCCUCCACUACGACAAUGCGAAAUGGUAGAGGCAGCGGCGGCACGGAUGAAAGCAAGGAGACACCCGAGAGACCGUCCUCCGGUGAAUCGUUAGAUCCUUCUUAAUCCAGGGCAAACAAGCCGAUGUAGUCUCUAGUUGUACGUACAAGAUGUUUCAAAGGAAUGAAACAUAGUACAUACAUGUUAUACACAUGGUAUACACUGCACGGCGGAAACACACUAUGGUGGAAGAUCGCGGAAGGGGUUUAUGAAAGGGCUCUAAGAAAGACUGUAGUGCAUGACAAUAUAGUCGUUAUAUUCUAGUCACUUCGCCGCCGUGAACUUGCCAAAACGAACAAGUCGAGCAUUUAAGGGGAGGCUGAACUUAGGGGGUGAAGGAGCGGGAGAAAGAAUACAAAAAGAAUAUCCCGCCUAUCGUGUAAACGAGAUACAAUCGAAUAGCAUGAUGUAAUUAGGAAAAUCUACCAAUGCGUAGCGCAAAAUGGCUACACAAAACGCGCGACGUGCGCGCAUCAUGCAACCUUGAAAACCUAUGACAAUCUCUUAUUGCCAACGGAACUGACCUCGUUGUUCCGUUUUCAAAGCGUCGAUGAAGUCGAUUCGUAGGAAUUGGUAGGAAGAAGAACGACGUAGAUUACGUCGAUAAAAAUUAGAAGAAGAGAGAGAGAAAGAGAGAAUUUCAGUAGUUUAUAGCUAGAUCUUACCUAUGUCGAGUCUACGCGACAAAACUGCAAUUAAUUGGACCACACUGUCUCGCCUUUUCUUAUUCUCUAACUCUUGAAAAUUGCGCGCGGUUCGCCGAUUGGAAAUCAAAGAUGUCUACAAUCGAUCGAUGUGGAUUGUCUAAUCAUUGGAUCGACUGAUGGAAAUGAUAAUUAAUCGACCAGUUUGGACUGACGUAAAUUUUUUGCGAUUAUAUAUAUACACGUGCCUGAUCUUUCAACUGGAAUAAUCAGAUUUGUAUAAAUUCAAAUUUAUCUAAUCUAGAAAAAAUAUGAUAACUGUUAUAAUCUUGCAAUUAUUAUUAUAGUCAUAUUUGAGUGUCGGAAUCUAGAAAUUUUCACAAUCAGCUUCUUUUGUGGCAUUAAAGAUUCGAUCGAUCAAUUGUGACGAUUGGACAAUCGGCGUUCGAGAAUCGUGAUUUAUCUUCGUUUCGUUAACUUCACUCUUUUCACACACUAGAGCGUUCUUCUCAUUGACAUCUGUGAUAUACUUUAAUCGUAGUGUAUUUCCUAACGGUAACAGCAAAUAUCAGAAUGAAAUCGUAACAUCAGCAGCAGCAGCAACAGCAACAGCAGCAACAACAACGGCAGCAAGGAACAAUUUAGGGAUGAUAGCUGACUUUUUAAUAAAACGAAAACCAAUGUUUCGGUGGCUUUCGUGGGGCGUAAAAAUAGAGAGACAAAACAAAGAUAAAUAGGAACUCUAUACUGUACAUACAUACACCUACGAAUAUUCUAUACUCUACACUUGGUGUGGUUUAUUUUGAUACUACCGCGUGCGGUAAUAUAUUUAACGAUUGUCGAAGUAAAUCUAACAAAAAAAAAGAGAAGUAAGAAUAAACAACUCUAUGCCUUUUACGAGCGUUGACGAAUCUUCGUACGGUGGUGGUGCCCGUGUUUUUUUUCCAGCUGCGAAAAGAUUACCGACGACUCCAACCACCCUUCGUCGGGUCGAAGGUGUAGUCGCUAAAAUCAUGUUCAGACGCGCUGUGCGCGUCGAAUCUCGCUUGAAAAAAAAAAUAAUAGUAAUCAUCGACCGAUCCAUUGCACAGUCGAUAUCGUAUUUUGUUUAAAAAGCCUAACAAAAUCUCGAGUUGAACGGCGUUUUUACGUUGAGCUUAAGUGGAAUUCCUGGUCCAAUGCUGAUCAGAACAAUGGGACCUCACCAUUUAGUAUUCGAUGGCAAUACUUUCGCGAACGCAUAUUGGUUCCAUGGAAUUGCGCCUAACACCAGAAUGGCUAAAAAUUUGCCACUUAGAAAAAUAGUUUCUUAUAAUAAUGUAAGAGAAAAAUUAUAUAGCAAGUUAACUCUGUUACAUCUCGUUUCUUGACUAUUUUCGUGAAUUACACACUAUACAUACUACGCAUUCUCCACAUAAAUUAUUUUUGAAGACUUUCAUAAAUUCGAAAUAGUGUUUAAAUAAAAAAAUAUAUGACUUUUAUAGUUUGAAAUUUCGUGUCAUUAUAUGAAAGAGAAAGUAAGACUUGAAACUUUUACAAAAUUGCAAGCUUUGUAAUAUUAAAGAAAUAUACGUAGUGACUGUCAUGACUGUGGUAUGCCUUUCUGGUGAUAAAACUCAACUGGAAACGUCGUAGCACAAAAUAAAUACGUAGCAAGCAUAGAGAGAAGUUACGACCGAAUUGCUAUCAGAUCAUGUUGAAUCAAAUCCAGAUCAAGUAAACGAUCACGAACAAACACGAAUGAGCAAUGGCGGCACCGUUUGCACUUACUGAAGCAAGUUGUUAAUUCGUGUUUGUUUGCCUAAGCUAGAUCCGGCUUUAAACAUGUUAAGGAAAGUACGUAGAUAAUCUUGCAUCCAAUUGCUUACGUACAUGUACUCGCGUUUCUUCGGCACCACGACCGGCUCUCGAUAGCUCGAUAGCGUUAGACGACUGACCUCCGAAUUAUAGUUACUCUAGACACGCGCCGAUGACGAUCGUGCGCGAGUUCGCCGAUCAGCUGCACACGUAUCGAUAGUCCGGCAGUUGCGUACUGUAUAAAUAAAAAAAAAAAA